AUGAAUGAAGCUGGCCAUGAUGAUAUACAGGAGAAGUUAAUUCAUGAACUUCAAUUUGAUUUAUCAAACCUCCUGUAUAAACCAGAACGAAAUGAAUCCAGCCGAUCAAAGAUACAAAAAGGCAUAGUUGAUUUAAUCGACGCGACAGAGUACCAGUUGAAUGAAGAGUUCAUCCUAGAGGUAGUGAAGCUUUCAGAUGAACUUAAUCUGGACGAAAUUGCAUCAGCAGAACUCCUCUACACUUCUUCUCGAAACGAAGGCAAUCUUUUGGGCAUAUCUCCAUCGGAGGCAGCGAAAGUUGCUUAUCAUUCACGUAGACAGUUCAUUCUUCAAAUCAUUACAUUCAUUCUAUCCAAGAACGUUAACACGAAAACCGAGAAGUUGCUGGCCGAAAAGAUCACGUUUGAAAUUAUCCUUUCGUGCUUCAAAAUGAUCGAAAACGAAUUGGAUGAUAUCAGACAAUUUGUUGACAGGUCUCGCCUGGUUGGAAGUGUUUCAAGCUCUAAUUUCUUCAGAUCAGUGACUUAUCGUAGGGAUUGUUUGUUCAAAGAGCACCAGUUGCUUGGUGAAUUACUGUUCUCCAAGUCUCUUUCAAGUGUUACUCACUUAACGGAAUUGAAUGAAUUCUUGAAUCAUAUUAGUUCUUUCCAACCAAAUGACCUAUUAUUAGUGAGCUAUCUUCCUGCAAUAAUGCGACAACUAUCACACCUCGAGAGAUUUCCUGAAACAGAGGUUAAAGAUCUUCACAAGACCUUCGUCAACAGCACUCUGAGCCCAUCGGAACUUGCAGAUAAACCAAUCAAAGCCUUUUUAAUUGUUGUGUUCUUGACUAGCUUCAUCGACUGGUGUAAGAAAGAAUCUGAACGAACAAACACGUUUGAUUUUACAAAUAGUGUUGAAAAGCCAAUUAUCCGUUUGAUUUCUAUUGGGGCAUUGGAACAAUUUCUUUCAUUAUCCGCAGAAAUCUCGCCUCUCGGUGAAACCUCCGAUCGCAGAGCUGAUCUAAUGUACGAUUUCAGGUCAAUUCUUCAACGACAUAUCCCAAAACUUUCACCAUUUAGAUUCUUGGACGUUGAUACUGAUGCGACUAGCCAAUUGAAAAGAGCUAUCCAGCAGCAAAGGCUCAAAGGAGGAUUACCUAUUGAUGAGAGCGAGAGUGACACAAUUUAUCUUCCCACGAAAUCAUAUGAAAUUGAUUUUCAAUUUGGUGAGUUGUGUGCUGCCUGUUUCAACAGCUUCAUUCACGCAUUUUUGACCAAUGCUGCAUUUGUUCUCACUCAUCUUCGUGAUAUGGAGGAAGACUUACUUCUGUUAAGCGAGAAUUUUGAUUUGGACGUACUGACAGAGAAUGCGGACUUGGAACGCUUUUACUUGGCAAUAUAUUACAUCCAUCGGGCAAGACCUCAUUUUGCUGCCCAGUUUUGGGAAGACAAGUCUUCAAGUCUUUAUGGAUUCUUGCAGUGGGCUUCUCAUUGCAAUUCACCUUUGAUAAUAUCCACAUUUUGCUGUGUCCUUGCAGCGUUAUCGAACAAUAAUGAGAAUGCAAUUAAUUCUUUCAAUUUUUUGCAGUUGACUAAUAGCUCGACGCACGAUGGAUCACUUAGAACCUCACUUUCAGAGAAUCCGAACGCAAUCUCAAGCCAUUUUUCGUGCGUGAGCUGGUCUGCUAUAUUUUCGUCGUUGAAAUUUUAUAGCAAGUCACUAUCAUUAGAGCUACCGAAGGAAAUUAUGGAUUCAUCCGUGGAAGCCACAAAUUCUACUAGAUUGACAAAGGAGAUUUCUGUGAGUCUAGGUGAAGACUCUCAAAUAUUGUUAGCAGGAUUUUUCCAGCUGAUAUCUGAUAUUGCACGGAACAGUGACAUGGCUAGAAUAGAACUUUACGAGAGCGACGAUUGCCAAUUGAUUACUUUUCUGUCAAAAUUUUUGGAAGCUGAAAUACCUCUUGUUGGUCCAGUACUAAUGGUGCUCAGUUCAAUGUCUGGUAGCAAAAUACCUGAGAAGAAGCGGAUUUGGAAUAUUUUGGAUUCAUGGAUAUUUUCUAAUAAUCCGAAAUCAAACCAAUCAACAUCCGCACUGAAGGAUAGUUUUUUAUCUCAUUUGAAAAGCCUAUCCCAAAUAAAUGCUUUUACCAUUCUUGUUCAAAAACUCCUUCAACCGGAAAAUGUUUCAGAACGAAAAUUUGAACCGAUUGAUGUAAGCUUUCCUUUAGACUUGGGUGCAAACUAUCGAAAACAAGGAAUUUGGCCAUACAUCGAAUUUUUGAGUACAGAUAUUUUUGUCGAAGCCACGAAUAGACACAAAAAUGACAAUUUCACCUCAUCAUUACAAUUGAGCAUCCUCGCUUUAUGGGAGACAUGUCUUGUGGAAUUAAAUCCACAGUUAGUCAUGAACGCUUCUGCCUGCAACUUGAAGGAUUUGGAUAAUAUAGUUGCCUGCAAAAGUAUUAUCAAGUUUUUACAGUCUCACCCAGGCGCUGCAGUCCUUACAUUUCUCUACAAAAUGCCAGUUUAUCAAGCGCUUUUUUCAAUUGCCAAUCUUGGAAUUGAUAAGCUGGGAGAAACCAGUGCAAGCUCGCAAGAAACAGAACUUAUUUCCAGAGCUCUCAAUGUGAUUGAUUUGCUAUUGGAACGAGAGAGCUUUUACAAAAAUGAAUUGAUUCCGGUUCUAACACUUUCCGAUAAUGAGUAUUACGCUGCUUCUGGUAUAGGAACAGGUGGAUUGCAAUCAUUCGCUGAAGUUCUUCUUUUAAAUUUACCACUGGUUGCAAACAUUUCGUUAUAUGUGGGAUUCUCCAGACCAGAUAUCUCUAGAAAGUCAUUGUCGAUAUUGAAGAAGGUGACAGCGUAUUCCGCCGCUGGAUCAUCUUCGGAAAUUGCUGCAAGUUCUGGAUUAUUGAGGAAAGACAAGCUCUUAACAAUGCUAGAGACCGUUGACGAAUCAAUCAGAGUAAGAUUUUCUUUUAUCGAGCAGCUUGAAGCUCCGAUCAUCGACCGCCAGUCGAUAUUUUUGAAAAUUGAACUGCUACAGUUUUUGGAUCAAAACAUUCCUGCUUCAAAGCCCGGACUUAGAAGUAUAACACACUUCUUACUUGGUUUCGAAACAAGAUCAAUGUCUCUGGGGUCCAAACUCGAACUUGGUUCUAUUGCAUCAGAGAAGUCUCUUUUGAAAUCUAUCAUAAUUCUACUCAAAUCUAUUUUGAGUGAAUUAUGCAAAGUUUCGAAUGUCGAGUAUCUUCCUAUAAAACUCUCUGCUCUUUGUCUGGGAGUUAUAUUCAAACUUUCGAAAUCAUUGACAAAUGUUCAUGAACUACUAUGCUUUCUGAGAAAUAUUGAUGGAAGCAACUUUUUCGUUGAUAUUCUAUCUGCUACUAAGAAAAUUAGCAUCGAAACUCUUUGGAGUGGAAAAACAUUCAGACCAGAAGUCAACUCUUCCAACAGCUUUGUCAAUCAGGGAGACGGCUGGUGCACUUUGACGGCUUUUGCAACUUAUAGGAGUUUGGUUUUACGAUUGCUAACACUAGAGCUCAGACACUCAUCCUUGUUCGGUACUUCUUCCUUAACCCAGAGAUAUGUUAAUUUGUUGAUUGACACAAAGCAACAUGAAGUUGGGUCGCAAAGACUUUUCGAGUUUUUGGAUGUUCUGGAGUUCAAACCAAAGAACAUGAUUGAGAAGGUGAAUCCUGCUUUUGAAAAAUUCAAUUUCGAAUAUAUUAUUCAGAUGAUUUCAAUGACUUCUGAUGAGUCAAAUUGUUCCGGUGAUUCUUUUGGAUAUGACAUGACGGUAAUUGAUAGAAUAGCUGAUAUGGUGGGCACUGAAUCUCAGUCCUUGGGUCUGCUAUCACUGACGGACAGCCCUGAAAAUUCAUCUUUGUUCAGAGAAGAGAUUUUUGCUCUCAAAAGCAUAGUAUCAUCAUCUCUUUCAUUUGAUAAUUUUAGAUUUCACCAAUUACAAUGCCUUCAUUCGUGGACUUUGCUAACACAAAUAAUUGUGAAUGACGGAUGCCUUGGAGAGGCUGUUAGAAUCAACUUCAUUUUUGAAGUCUUUGAAAAUAUUGUUCCACAAAUCAUUGACUAUCUGAACUUGGAUAUUGCUUAUGCACAAGAUUUGAUCUCUUUGUGUGUGUCUUUGUUUCGGAUUUAUGAGAUUGAUAUUCAAAGGCUCACAAAAUCCAAGCGAGAAUGGGAAAUUACUGCUCUGCUUGAUGCCACGAGAUUGUUCCCUGUUUUCAAAACCGCAGCUAUUGGUAUCAUGUCACCGCAGUCAACUCCGACUAUUCGGGCAGAUCUCUAUGUUCUAGCCAACAACUAUCUGCAACAGAGUUUCAGCAGUAGGUCUGUUUUGACUGAAAUCAUGGUUUUCAUUAGAUCUGCCGACCAGAAGCUUAUUAGAUCCAUUUGCAAUGACUCAUUGACUUCGGAGGGAGCGUGCAAAAUUACUUCCCUUUUAACCCUUGAGACUCUUUUGAGAGUAUCAAUCCACUUACAAGGUUCACAUUUGAGCGGCGGUUUUAUCAUCGAGACGGUUCUCGAAAAUAACUAUCUGCUUCUCUUAAUACAGAGAAUAAAAUCAAUGGACGACAUUGUUUCAGAAUGUCUGACAGGGAAUGCACCAAGAGUUUCAAUUGAUACACUUCUUUAUGAAUUGACAACUUUCAAAACUGUAUUUUGCCUUUUGACAAGAAUUGCCCAAACAACCACAGGAGCUAAAGAAUUACUACAGUGCGACAUUUUCAAAGUGAUUAGUGAAUGCUCUUUUCUGUCUGAGGAUCCGGAGGUUGGACUUACACUUUAUUUAGAGGGGGUCAGAUCAGAAAACCUAAAUGAUAACAAGCCAAUCGAACUGAUUUUUUCAAUUGAUUCAUCUUUAUCAAGCACGAACGGAAGAAUCGAUCAGCUAUCAUUGUAUGAUCUCUAUGUUCCUAUUUUCCAAGUCAUUUGUUCGACGAUAAUUUCUUUGGGACCUCAAAAUGAACUUUGCAUUCGAAAGGCAAAAGGUUUUGCUGAUCACUUUUCGAAACUUAUUCAAACAAUUUUGAAAAAAGAUAUGUCUGCUCGGAGACAGAGAGAUAGUAGCAUCAGUGCUAGACAGGUUAAAUCAGAUGAUAGAGAAGGCUUUGUUGAUCUCAUAAAACUUAUCACAUUGCUGGAUACCUUGGUGAACGGAAUAUAA